GUCCACAAUCUAGCCGUUUCAUUGGCCUGGUCCGGACACGUUAGCAGGACUCGUGCGUUGAUAUCUCCUGAUCAACGCGUGAGCACUCUCGUGCAACAACCAACCCACUGACCGUCAUUAUGGCUCUCAAUUGGGACGCAUUCCUCAAUACUGAGAGUCUGAAUAUACCGCACGACCAAUGGUCCGAUCUCUCAGCACCUACAACAGGCCCUCCGUCUUCUGAUAUGCCCAAGUCCAUCUCCUCGCAGACUUCAGGGUCCACGCCUGAGGACGCCACAGCUUUUGACACUCUGCUCAGCGGCACAUCAGCCGACCCUUAUUUCGACGACUCUUUGUUCAUAUCGAACGACUACUUCCUGAGCGACCUGGAAGUGCUGCAGCCUUAUGGCAACAUCGUUGCUGGCGGUGGUUCAACGACAGAGUCCUCACCUGAGCCUUCAACCGCUGCUGCCAACUUCUCCACCUACCAGACCCCCGCAUCUAUGUCGACACACUCUAAUCAGUCACCCCAGAUGGCGUCACUGCGAAGGCAAUCAGUACAACGUGCCAACACGUUCCCUAACCCCGCCUAUGAGUCUAUGUUCCCCAACAACCUCGAAGCAGGUUUUGUAGAAGAUCUAACCUUCCCAAAUGGGGUCAAAGACUCACCGUCUCAAACCAAGCCGGCACUCGACAGGACCAAGUCAUCCAUCGAGCCCACCAAGCGCAGCAAGAACAAGCCCGACAUCUUAUCUGCUUGCUGGACGUCACCGCUCUGUCCUAACCAUGACCAGGACGGACCACCACCAAACCCUUCCACAUGUGGCGGAGGCUGUGCUCCUUUCCUGUUCGCUGACCAGGACAACCUACCCAACAUCCAUGAUCUACUUGCUGAGCCUCAAGAGGUCACUGCUGAGGAUGGCAUCGUGGAGAUCCAGCCUCGUCGAAAGAAGAGAUCCGAGAGUGAGACGUCGGCAGGCGAGGCUACAGGACGACAGUUUUCCCAACCCAGAAAGACUGCCAGCGAUCUCGUCGCUGAAGCAAAGCAACGAAUGAAGACCGAGACUACGGAGGACUCUCCGAUCCAAGACUCGCCGCCUGCUGCUUCUGACGACAAGCCCAAGAAUCGUCGUCGACUGCCACACAAUCAGGUCGAGCGCAAGUACCGCGAAUCGCUGAACACUCAACUCGAGUCUCUUCGACGUGUUGUCCCGUCUCUUCAACAGAAUGCUCGAGGAUGCGACGGCGCCGACAUCGAGGACCUUCCAACACCGUCAAAGCCAAGCAAAGCCGUCAUUCUUGCAUCGGCGACGGCUCACAUCAAACAACAAGAGAAGGACAAGAAGGCUCUCGCAGAUGAAAACACUCUCUUACGAGCACGGGUUAAGGCACUACAGGCACUGGUCAAGUGCGACGACUGCAGCUUGAUGCAGUAUGUCAUGGACAUGAAGAUCAACGGCCAAGUAAAGUGAUCAUCGACGUCACUUUCCUCUCCGACAAGAUGCUGGCAUUUCGUCUAGAUACCGGUUCACAAACCCCAUUCACUCAGCGACAUGAAAUUCGUGUCUUCGUUGGUCAUAAGAAGCAUCUCAAUGGGCGUUCAGAAAAGUAGCAUUUCCGGGUUG